UUUUAUUUUUGUGUUUUUUAAAACUAUAUUGCUUGAUUAUUACAAUUAAAGAGUAGAGUUUAACUGGCAACUACACAGAACACAAGGCAUUUAAGUCUCCAUUCCCUUCCAUGGUUGACAGAAGAAGAUAGGACCACGGAAAAUGGAGUGGGCAGGUCGGGGGACUCACCUCCGAGGGAUUCCCAGGACGAUGGUGAUCGGAGCGGUAGGAACCUUUGCCAAAUUGGUAGCUUCAUUUCUCAACUCCACCUCUGUUCGCAAUGCCGACGCCCUCCUUUCUCUCGUUCGAUCUCGGCCCCCUGCUACUCCUCUUAUCACUGUUAGCAAUCACAUGUCCACCUUGGAUGAUCCGGUUAUGUGGGGAUUCAAAGGCUUUCCCACCAUGGAUCCUAACCUCGCUCGCUGGGUUCUUGCAGCUGAAGACAUCUGCUUUAAGAAUCCGCUGUAUUCUUAUAUCUUCAGACUUGGGAAGUGCAUACCUAUUACAAGAGGUGGUGGGAUAUAUCAACAACACAUGAAUGAAGCUGUUGCACAAUUAAGCAAUGGGGGAUGGCUCCACACAUUUCCAGAAGGAAAAGUUUCCCAAGAAGAUACACCUAUAAGAAGAUUAAAAUGGGGAACAGCCAGUCUUAUUAUUCGUGCUCCUGUUACCCCAAUAGUUUUGCCAAUUGUCCAUCAUGGAUUUGAACAGGUGAUGCCCGAGAAAUUCUUGUUUGGCAGAAGACCACCUGUUCCACUAUGCAACAAGAAGAUCAAUAUAAUUGUUGGCGAGCCAAUAGAUUUUGAUCUUCCAAAUAUGAAAAGGACAGCGAUUUCAACGACUCGUAAUUUUUCACUUCCAUUGUUAGGGUGGCCAAACACUCCUGAUGGUUUAGAUGAGCCAGCCCAAAGGAGUCUCUACUCUACAAUUUCAGAGACUAUUCGAACUUCCAUGGAGAGCUUAAGGAUUUUGCGUUAAAAUUCCUUAUGUUAAAACUCAAGGAUCUGUGUAGAAGCAAAUUAUAAGGGUCAACAAAGUAGAUGUAGUGAGCAGUAGGUAACUCCUUAUAUAUCAUUCCUUUUAUGGAAAUGAGGAACGCAAAGAUGAGAAGCUUAUUCACUUAUCGGAUCCUAAAAAUGAAGCUGGAAAUAAAGUCCCCUCUCCAUGUAUCUUCAUCCAUUUUUUCUUGAUCAAAUUAACAAGUGAAAUAGUACGACAUUAAAUAAAUGAGUUGGGUUCACUUGUGUAA